AUGGCAGAUGGGGAGGAGGAUUUGCCGAGGGAUGCAAAGAUUGUAAAAGCCCUGCUAAAAUCUAUGGGAGUGGAAGAAUAUGAACCUCGUGUUGUGCACCAGUUUCUGGAACUGUGGUAUCGAUACGUUGUUGAUGUAUUGACAGAUGCACAAGUCUAUUCAGAGCAUGCUGGGAAGGCAGCAAUUGACUGCGAUGACGUCAAGCUUGCUAUUCAGUCAAAAGUCAACUUUAGCUUCUCUCAACCCCCACCUAGGGAGGUGUUGCUUGAGUUGGCCAGAAACAGGAAUAAAAUCCCAUUGCCAAAAUCCAUAACGGGGCCUGGAAUUCCUCUUCCACCUGAGCAGGACACUUUGAUUAGCCCAAAUUAUCAACUAUUAAUCCCAAAGAAGCAAACUAGCCAGGCAAUGGAAGAAACGGAGGAGGAUGAAGAGGCAGUUGAUCCUAAUCCCAAUCCUUCCCAGGAGCAAACAGAGAAGCCACAGAAUACUCCUCGACGAGUAUCAUUUCCACUUGGAGCUAAACGUCCGGGAUGA